AUGUCCUCUACAAUACACGUCCCAGGCUUGAAUCCCGGUAAUUCCCCUAAACAGGAGGAAUCAACAAACGGUACUAACAAUUUGCUAGCUUUAGCAUCGGAACAUUUGCAGUAUCAGCCGAUCGAUAAUUCUGAUACACAGUAUAGGGAUAUACAUCAUUCUCAAAACUUGAGUCAUUAUCCUGCUCAAGUCUUCCAACCACAAUAUCAGCCGUCUCAAUCACAGGUUCAACAACAACAUCAACAACAACAACAGCAGCAACAGCAACAGCAACAGCAACAACAUAGACAACAACAACAACAACCGCACGCUUUAUAUCAGCAGCAGUUUCAACAGCAGUACCAACAGCAGUAUAUUAAUCAGCCAAAUCAGCACUUGCAGCAGAAUCAGCAAAGGCAACCACAGUACUCGAAUCAGCAGAGUCAAUCACUGCCGCAAGCACAGCAACAACAGCCUAGUUCAACUUCGCUCUCACCAGAAUUUGCCUAUAUCCAAGGGAAUUCGGGACUACAAGCAUUCAAUCAACAACAGCUAUCACAGCAACAGAUAUCUGAACUAAUGUACAAUUCUUUCCUAUCACAUUUGGCUCAAAAACAAGUUACAGGUGCUUUGAGCAGUGCUCUUGGCACUGCGUCUCACCUCAGUCCAGCCGCUGCUGCGGCUGCGGGUACUUCGUUUCUCACGCAACCCACUCAAAGAUAUUUCCACAACAAUUUGAACACUUCUCCUGCUAUGAUGGAAGCCACUCAUCCGGCUAUGAUGCAACCAUCUCAACAAAUCCAGCUCCAGAAUGCCCAACCAGUGGCAAAGAAAAUGUCUUCGACUCAAAGUAGGAUAGAAAAGAGGAAACAAUUGAAGAAACAGGGUCCAAAGAGACCAUCGUCUGCCUAUUUUUUAUUCUCAAUGUCCAUUAGAAACGACUUGUUGCAGCAAUAUCCAGAGGCAAAGGUCCCUGAAUUGUCUAAGUUGGCAUCUGCCAAAUGGAAGGAACUGUCCGAUGAUGAUAAGAAACCUUAUUAUGAAGAAUUUAGAACCAAUUGGGAAAAAUACAGAGUUUUGAGAGAUGAGUACGAAAAGACUUUGCCACCAAAGAGGCCUUCAGGACCUUUCAUUCAAUUCACUCAGGAAAUUAGAUCUACUGUUGUUAAGGAGAAUCCAGACAAGAAUUUGAUCGAAAUCACCAAGAUGAUUGGUGAAAAAUGGCGUAAUUUGGAUCCCCUCAAGAAAGCUGAGUAUACUGAAACUUAUAAGAAGAGAUUGAAGGAGUGGGAAAGUUGUUAUCCCGACGAGGCCGAGGUUAAAGAAGAUAAAAAAUAG